UUGGAAUCUUGAUCCUUGUUGUAGAUGACUGCAUCUUGAAUACUUAAGUUGACCUGCUCCCAGCUGAAGGUGAAUGUCUCUCAAUUCACCAUCAACAACCCAUCGAUUACUCCCCAAUCCCCCACCACAAAACCACCACAAAAUCACAAAAUGGCUGCUGCAGUUGGCAAAUACGUCUCCAAGCUCGCCGGCAAGCGCGUCCUCGUCAUUGGCGGCUCCUCAGGCGUCGGCUUCGGCGUCGCGGAGGCAGCCCUCCAGAACGGCGCCUCUUCCGUCUUCAUCUCCUCUUCCUCUCAAUCCAAGAUCAGCAGCGCCAUUGAGCGCCUCAAGAGCAACAACACAUCCACCAAGACUGAGGUCCAGGGCUUCCCCUGCAACUUGGCUUCUUUUGACACCCUCAACUCAGAGGUUGAGAAGCUUUUUUCUGAGGUCGCCAAGAGUGGAAAGCUUGAUCAUGUUGUUUUCACAGCUGGUGACCAGAUUGCUGUUGGCAAGCUUGAGGACUUUACUCUCGACGCCCUGAAGCAGGCUGGAGCUGUCCGCUUCUUUGCGCCCCUGGUGAUCGCCCAGCAGCUCCGCAAGAACCUCAACGAGAGCACCACCUCUUCAUACACCAUCGCGACAGGUGGUGCUCAGGAGCACGUGGGCAAGGACUGGACGGUGAUGCAGUCGUACCUUGGCGGGAUCCGCGGCAUGACCCGUGGCUUGGCGGUCGAUCUGGCGCCCAUCCGCGUCAACGCCGUCGCCAUGGGUCCCACCGACACCGAGAUCUGGGGCAAGGUCAAGGAGAUGGGAUACUGGGACCACGUGACGGGCAAGAUGAAGGCUAGAAUGACUACUGGUGCUAUCGGCGCCGUUGAGGAUGUGGCCGAGGCGUAUGUUUAUUUGAUGAAGGAUAAGAAUGCUUCUGGUAGCAUAGUUGAGACUACUGGUGGUACUCUGAUGUCCAUGUCUUAGAUUUGGGUGGUGAUACAGGGUAGAUAGAUAAUCACGGCGUUCUGAACACACCAGUUUUGGCACACCUUUCUUUCUCUCUCCUCCAGUGACAUUAUCAUGUAAAGUUGUAAUGAAGUAUUAGCAAUAGAAUAAAUCAGAUCAAAUGAAAUCCUC